AUGUACACUUUCGCCACAAUCUACACUCCCAACACCGGACAAGCUAGCUUCAUCAGACGAACACUCACGAAGCUAGCACGGUUCACUGAGGGGAUCCUCGUAUUCGGAGGGGACUUCAACAUCCCACUAGACCCCCUCAUCGACACCUCCACGGGACGGAGUAGCAUUCCACACUCGGCGAUAAGGACGGUACACAAAGCACUCCGGGACCUACGUCUGGUGGACUCAUGGAGAGCACGACACCCAGACGACCGGGAUUAUGCGUACUACUCCACGAUACACAAAAGAUACUCCCGAAUAGACUACGUAUUCAUCCAACAAGAAGGUCUCACGUACAUGCAGAGGGCAGACAUACACACUACACCGUGGUCAGAUCACAGUGCAGCACAAGUCACGAUGACAUCGCCCAUGUUCAGACCAACUAGAACCGCAUGGCGGCUGAAUGACUCGCUCCUGAUGGACAAGAUACUCAAGACACAACUCGAAGAACACUUGCAACAAUACUUUGCGGAGAAUAACACCGAGGAGGUUUCAGAUAUGACAAUAUGGGAAGCACACAAAAGUGUCAUCAGAGGACACUUAAUUCGUAUGGCCUCCCGACGGAAAAAGGAAAUCGGACAACAGUUAGCGGACCUCACGCAGAAGAUAUCUGACCUAGAAAUGGCCCACAAACGAGACCAACAAGACCAGACCUACAGGGACCUAAUGUCAAACAGACGGCAUUUCUCAGAACUUAUUGAGAGCAAACACACCAGAACGAUCCGAAGAACACGAGCAUUCUUCUACAUGCACGCCAACAAGGGGGGUAAAUUGCUAGCAAGGAUGCUGAGAGGAACACAAAGCAGGGCACAGGUACACGCACUGCGCACCACACAGGGCACAUUAACUCAAUUUCCAGAAGAAAUCGCGAGCGAAUUCCAACGGUUCUACACACAGCUAUACAAUACACGGGGAGUUGACGACGGUACUUCCCAAACCACGAGGAAGGCAGAAACGACAGACUACCUAGGAGGCCUCAACCGGACACCCUCACACCAGAGGAAGCAGAGGAACUAG